AUGACAACGACGAAAUACAAGCUUAAUAACCAGGUUGUUCUCAUCAGUGGUGGUUCUCAGGGUCUAGGCAAGGAAUAUGCUAAAAAAUUCUACAGACAGUCGAAUUCAACAGUGAUUAUUGUGUCACGUUCUGUGGCCAACUUGAAGGAAGCUGCAACUGAAAUAACGGGAGGCAAACGGUUCUCGAAGUUGAAUGCUUAUCCAAAGAAUAGCAGGUUGUAUUACUAUGCGUGUGAUUUGUCCAAUUAUGAAGCUGUUCAAGAAUUGUUUACUAUAAUAGAUCAAAAGGCUUUCGAGUUAACGCAGGUUCUUAUCUGUGCUGGCGGAGCAGUGCCCAAGUUCUUCACUGAUUUGACACCCGAGGAAAUAGCAGGUGGGGUUGAUACCAACUAUUGUACUGCAGCUUUCUUAGCACAUGCUUCGUUGAAGCAUGGUGCGAAACAUUUGGUAUUUAUUUCGUCGUCUGUUGCGCUCUAUCCGUUCAUUGGGUAUUCACAGUAUGCACCAGCGAAGGUUGGUAUUCGUUCGUUGGUAGCAAUACUAAGACAGGAGCAGCCUGAUGUCCGAAUUUCCUGUGUAUAUCCGGGCAAUUUUGCUUCUGAAGGGUUUGUGCAGGAAAACCGUACAAAGCCGGACAUAACCACCGUUAUAGAGGGUGCCAGUCGUGCAAUCUCCCCCGAGGAGUGCUGUAAUAAGAUUAUCAAGUCUUUGCAAAGCGGUUGCGAUGAUAUCACUACGGACUUUGUUGGAUGGAUACUUUUGGCGUGUACCAUGGGUUUCAAUGGUCACAAUACGAAAUACUCGCUGUGGCCAAUUGGAUGGCUCUUCGGCGCCAUUGCAAACUUACUAAUAGUCCCAAUAUAUAUGUUGUUUUGCUGGUAUGACAUUAUCAAAUGGAGAAGGCGUCAGCAGCGUGCUAAAGAAGAGGCUAAAGCUAACUGA